GUUGAACUUCAAUUGGAUAUAAUUGCCAAUAGCAUUCGGUCGUGUUCACUACAAACGUGCAUACGAUAAAUAAUGUUAUAAAGAACACUACGUUUCAAAAAUACAAUGAAGGUAUUCCUUGGACUUAUUAUAUUCGUUUUAACAAGUUUUACUUAUGUUUUAGCCGACAUACCAUGUGCAGAAAGACGUAUUGAAAAUCAGUCUGUAGUGUGCGUGUGCAACACAUCAUAUUGCGAUGAUAUUACAAGAGAAAUUCCUUCGCAAAGUUCGUUCGUAACGUACACUUCGUCGAAGGAUGGAUUGCGCUUCAAAAAAGACGGUGGAAUCUGGAAUGAUUCAACGUCGGAAUCUUGUUGUUCAACAACACUGGAAGUAUUCCCGGACAUAAAAUACCAGAGAAUUGAAGGUUUCGGGGGUGCGGUGACUGAUUCUGCUGGAAUUAAUUGGAAAUCUCUGCCGUCUGUACUUCAGGAUUCUUUCAUUCGAUCCUACUUCAGUGCGAAUGGUCUCGAGUAUAAUAUGCUCCGCGUACCCAUCGGAGGCUGCGACUUCUCGACUCACGCAUAUGCUUACAAUGAACUGCCCGAAAACGACACGCAGCUUUCGAACUACACACUAGCUCCAGAGGAUAUCUUAUACAAAAUACCAAUGAUAAAAUCUAUCAUGCAAGUAGCAACGGCUCCCGUGCACAUUGUGGCCACCACCUGGUCUCCCCCCCUUUGGAUGAAGACUCACCAGACGUAUGGAGGGUUCAGUCGUCUCAAGCGUCAGUAUUACCAGACCUAUGCAGACUACCACUUAAAAUUUCUUGAAAAAUACAAUCAAUCCGGCAUACCUGUUUGGGGCAUAACGACAACUAAUGAACCCAUUAAUGGAGUAAUAUCACUUGCAUCAUUUAACUCUCUCGGAUGGGAUAUGCAGGAAAUGGGAGAAUGGAUUUUGAACAACUUAGGACCAACGAUCCGCAAUUCCGCGUUUAAAGAUCUCAAAAUAUUAGCUGGUGACGAUCAAAGAGCCACUAUGCCGUACUGGUUCAAUGUGAUGUUUGCGCGCUACCCAAAAGCAUUAGACUACGUCGAUGGUAUGGCAGUACACUACUACACUGACAGUAUUAUACCCGCCGCUGUAUUUGAUGCAAUCACUUUAACACAUCCAGAAAAAUUCAUUUUGGCGACUGAAGCUUGUGAAGGUGCCUUCCCGUGGCAAAAAGAGAAGGUACUACUCGGUUCAUGGGACAGAGCGAUAACAUACAUAGAAGACAUUUUAGAAGAUUUAAACUACAAUUUAGUUGGAUGGAUAGAUUGGAACUUGUGUCUGAAUUUGGGUGGGGGACCAAAUUGGGUUGGAAACUUUGUCGAUUCGCCAAUAAUUGUGGAUGAAGACAAACAGGAGUUUCUGAAACAACCGAUGUUCUAUGUGAUGGGACAUUUCUCAAAAUUUAUACCCCGUGAAUCAAUAAGGAUCAAAGUUGUGGAGAAGAGACAGUUAUUUACACCAAACCUGCGUCAUGUGGCUUUUGUAACGCCAAAAAACACGAUUGUGGUUAUUGUACACAAUAAUGGACAAGCCAGAAACAUUCGUUUGAAAAAUGGCGGCAAACAAGCAACGUUUAAUUUGGCAGCAUACUCUAUAACUACCGUUGAAUUUCCAUAUGAAUAAAACAUUGAAAUAAAAUAACUAUACCAAUAUUGCAAUGCGUACGAAAAGUUAUAAAAUUUAGUAUAUAUUAACUAAUCACUUC